AAGACCAUGUCGGAGAAGGCGACGUUUCAGGAGGAUGGCCUCACCGCCCAGCAGCUACUCGGAUCCGGCGACGGGCUCACCUACGACGAUUUCCUCAUCCUUCCUGGUUACAUCGACUUCGACGCGGAAUGUGUCGACCUCACGUCCAAGCUCACCAAAAGGAUCACCCUCGAGGUACCCUUGGUGUCGUCGCCCAUGGACACGGUCACAGAGUCAGAGAUGGCCAUCGCGAUGGCUCUCUGCGGAGGCAUCGGCAUCAUUCACCACAACUGCACUGCAGAGCGCCAAGCCAGCGAGGUGAACAAAGUGAAGAGAUACAAGAACGGCUUCAUCAACGACCCGGUUGUUCUAAGCCCCGACAACUGCGUGUCGGACGUUGUCGACGUGAAGAGGACGCGCGGUUUCACCGGCAUUCCCAUCACCGACACCGGCAAGCUCGGUGGCAAGCUGCUCGGCUUGGUCGCCUCCAGGGACAUCGACUUCCUUCCUCCGGAAGACCACAACAAGCGCCUGUCCGAGGUGAUGACGCCGCUAGAGGACCUGGUCGUGGCGCCCUCCGAGAUCACGCUGACCGAGGCCAACUUGAUGCUACAAAAGAGCAAGAAAGGCAAGCUUCCUCUGGUGAACCCGCAGGGCGAGUUGGUGUCGCUCAUUUCUCGCGCGGACUUGAAGAAGCGUCGCAGCUACCCGCUGUCCUCCGAUGACGAGAACAAGCAGUUGCUGGUGGGGGCAGCCCUGGGCACGCGGGAAGCCGACAAGCAGCGCCUCGAGCUCCUGGUCCAGGCUGGCGUGGACGUCGUCGUGUUGGACUCCUCUCAGGGCAACUCCGUCUACCAGGUCACCAUGGUGAAGUACAUCAAGAACAAACACCCGAGCCUGCAGGUCAUCGGCGGAAACGUCGUCACGUCUGCUCAGGCGAAGAACCUCAUCGACGCCGGUGUGGACGGACUUCGCGUCGGCAUGGGUUCCGGCUCCAUCUGCAUCACCCAGGAGGUGCUCGCGUGCGGAAGGCCGCAAGCGACGGCGGUGUACAAGGUGGCCGAGUACGCGAGGAGGUUCGGGGUGCCCGUGGUGGCGGACGGCGGCGCCUCCUGCCUGGGCCACCUCGUCAAGGCCCUGGCCCUGGGUGCCUCCACCGUCAUGAUGGGCGCCAUGUUGGCGGGCACGACCGAGGCGCCCGGCGAGUACUUCUUCGCCAACGGGGUGCGCCUCAAGAAGUACCGCGGCAUGGGAUCCCUCGACGCGAUGGCCAGCGUCGAGGACAGCGGCAGCCUCAGCCGCUACCACCAGAGCAAACGCGACGCGGUGCGCGUGGCCCAGGGAGUGACGGGCAACAUUGCGGACAGAGGAUCGGUCCAUCGCUACGUGCCGUACCUGAUCGCGGGUAUCAGGCUGGGCUGCCAAGACAUUGGCGCUCGAAGCCUGGACGUGCUCAGGACGAACAUGUACUCGGGCGACAUCAAGUUUGAGAAGAGAUCGGUGUCUGCUCAGGCCGAAGGUGGAGUGCAUGGCUUGCACUCGUUCGUAGGACAAUGAAAGUAAGUGCAGGAAGGAAGGUGUUGAAAAA